CUAGAUCUCUUCAUUCAACCGAAGAUGCGUGAGAUUCUUCACAUCCAGGGUGGUCAAUGCGGUAACCAGAUCGGAGCCAAGUUCUGGGAAGUGGUUUGCGCCGAGCACGGCAUCGAUCCAACCGGAAGGUACACCGGAGACUCAGAUCUGCAACUUGAGCGCAUCAACGUUUACUACAAUGAAGCCAGUUGCGGUAGAUUCGUUCCUCGUGCUGUGCUCAUGGAUUUGGAGCCUGGGACUAUGGAUAGUCUCAGAUCUGGACCGUACGGUCAGACCUUUCGACCUGAUAACUUCGUCUUUGGUCAAUCCGGUGCUGGUAACAACUGGGCCAAGGGUCACUACACUGAAGGAGCUGAGCUAAUCGAUUCCGUUCUCGAUGUUGUUCGUAAGGAGGCUGAGAACUGUGACUGUCUCCAAGGGUUCCAGGUUUGUCAUUCGUUGGGAGGAGGAACUGGAUCUGGAAUGGGAACACUGUUGAUUUCUAAGAUCCGUGAAGAGUACCCAGAUCGAAUGAUGCUCACAUUCUCAGUUUUCCCUUCACCAAAGGUUUCGGAUACUGUGGUUGAGCCUUACAACGCUACUUUGUCUGUUCAUCAGCUUGUUGAGAAUGCUGAUGAGUGCAUGGUUCUUGAUAACGAGGCCUUGUACGAUAUUUGCUUCAGGACUCUCAAACUCACUACCCCCAGCUUUGGUGAUUUGAACCACUUGAUUUCUGCCACUAUGUCUGGUGUGACUUGCUGUCUGAGGUUCCCUGGUCAGCUCAACUCUGACCUCCGUAAGCUUGCUGUGAAUCUCAUCCCUUUCCCUCGUCUUCACUUCUUCAUGGUGGGUUUUGCUCCUCUCACCUCAAGAGGUUCUCAGCAGUACCGUUCCCUCACAGUACCUGAACUCACCCAGCAAAUGUGGGACUCCAAGAACAUGAUGUGUGCUGCUGACCCAAGACACGGACGCUACCUCACAGCCUCUGCUAUGUUCCGUGGCAAGAUGAGCACCAAGGAAGUUGACGAACAGAUGCUGAAUGUGCAGAACAAGAACUCGUCUUACUUUGUCGAGUGGAUCCCCAACAACGUGAAAUCAACGGUCUGUGACAUCCCACCUACUGGUCUGAAGAUGGCUUCCACUUUCAUUGGUAACUCAACAUCGAUCCAAGAGAUGUUCAGGCGUGUGAGUGAGCAGUUCACAGCUAUGUUCAGGAGGAAGGCUUUCUUGCAUUGGUACACAGGAGAGGGAAUGGACGAGAUGGAGUUCACAGAAGCAGAGAGCAACAUGAACGAUCUUGUAUCAGAGUACCAGCAAUACCAAGAUGCCACUGCAGAUGAAGAAGGUGACUACGAGGAUGAGGAAGAAGGAAGUUUCUCUUUUGGAAUCGGUGGAAUCAGUGAAAUGGGUAUCUCAAAUUGGGUUUUCUCAGUAAUUUCUGCAACUACCCUUUUCGUUUCGUGCUCGUUUGCUCUCACUCUUGAUGGAUUUGCUCUUUUGGAAUUGAAGAGUGGAUUUAAUGAUACUAGGAACUCUUUAGAGAACUGGAAAGAUUCAGAUGAGUCUCCUUGUUCUUGGACUGGUGUCUCCUGUAAUCCUCAAGACCAGAGAGUUGUCUCUAUAAACUUACCAUACAUGCAACUAGGAGGGAUAAUAUCUCCUAGCAUUGGAAAGCUUAGUAGAUUGCAGAGACUGGCACUUCAUCAGAACAGCUUACACGGGACAAUUCCUAAUGAAAUCACCAACUGCACUGAGCUCAGAGCUAUGUAUUUGAGGGCAAAUUUUCUUCAAGGCGGGAUUCCACCGGAUCUCGGCAACCUUACAUUUCUUACUAUAUUGGAUCUAUCAAGCAAUACACUGAAGGGUGCUAUUCCUUCUUCAAUUAGUAGAUUGACGCGAUUACGCUCCUUGAACUUGUCAACCAACUUUUUCUCUGGCGAGAUCCCGGAUAUUGGAGUUCUCAGCAGAUUCGGGGUCGAAACAUUUACCGGUAAUUUGGAUCUUUGUGGCCGGCAAAUUCGCAAGCCAUGUAGAUCAUCGAUGGGUUUCCCUGUAGUUCUUCCUCAUGCAGAAAAUCCUCCAAAGCGAUCAUCGCGCUUGAUUAAAGGAAUUUUGAUUGGAGCAAUGUCUACAAUGGCUCUUGCAUUCAUUGUGAUCUUUGUAUUCCUAUGGAUUUGGAUGCUCUCAAAGAAGGAAAGAACAGUAAAGAAGUACACAGAAGUCAAGAAACAAAAGGAUCCAUCCGAAACAAGUAAAAAGCUUAUUACUUUCCAUGGUGAUCUUCCAUACUCCUCGACUGAGCUGAUCGAGAAGCUAGAGUCUCUUGACGAGGAAGACAUUGUGGGUUCAGGAGGAUUUGGCACGGUUUAUCGAAUGGUGAUGAACGAUCUUGGAACUUUUGCGGUUAAAAAGAUAGAUAGGAGUCGAGAAGGAUCAGACCGAGUUUUUGAGCGAGAAGUAGAGAUUUUGGGUAGUGUCAAACACAUCAAUCUAGUGAACCUACGUGGAUACUGCCGCUUACCGUCUUCAAGACUUCUCAUCUAUGAUUAUCUAACCUUAGGAAGCUUAGACGAUCUUCUCCAUGAACGAGCUCAAGAAGACGGUUUGUUGAAUUGGAAUGCUCGGUUGAGAAUAGCGCUAGGUUCCGCGAGGGGUCUAGCGUACUUGCACCAUGAUUGUAGUCCCAAAAUAGUUCACCGUGACAUAAAAUCGAGCAAUAUUCUACUCAAUGAUAAACUAGAACCUCGAGUCUCGGACUUUGGUCUUGCAAAGCUUCUUGUUGACGAAGAUGCACACGUAACCACCGUGGUAGCUGGCACCUUUGGCUAUCUUGCUCCAGAGUAUCUGCAAAAUGGGAGAGCAACGGAGAAAUCUGAUGUCUACAGCUUUGGAGUUCUUCUCCUUGAGCUCGUUACCGGAAAGAGACCAACAGACCCGAUAUUCGUCAAAAGAGGCUUGAAUGUCGUCGGAUGGAUGAACACUGUGUUGAAGGAGAAUCGAUUAGAGGAUGUAAUAGACAAGAGAUGCACCGAUGUAGACGAAGACUCUGUUGAGGCAUUGCUCGAGAUAGCAGCCAGAUGUACGGAUGCUAACCCAGAGGACAGGCCGGCUAUGAACCAGGUGGCUCAGUUGCUUGAGCAAGAAGUCAUGUCGCCUUCUUCUGGUAUCGAUUACUACGAUGAUUCUCAUUCCGAUUACUGUUAGGGCUUAUGCACGACUAAAGGUAACCAAGAAAUCACUAGGCCAGCGACGGUUUUUCGUUGUUGUUGCUGCGUUAUGAAUGUUGUGAUUUGGAAUCGAGAGGAUUUGUUUGUAAAUUAGAAAUGGAAGGUGGAGUAAAGAUUAUUGAGUGUGCAUUGUUCUUGUGCACUUUAUGAUUUUUGUAAUGAAAUUUUCGAUGCAAG